AUGUUGAAUCUAAAGACUUACGAAAUUAUUAUAAACAUCCAUACUGGCGAACUACACGGGAUACAAAUCAACGAAGCAAUUGCUAUUUUCGAUCUCAAAAUUCAAUUACUAAGGCGUAAACGCCACAUAAGACUAAAAUCUACAUUCCUGUACUUGUAUUGUAAUAUACUAGAUUGUCAAUUAGGAGGCAACAGAACUCAAGAUUAUUUGAAUUAUUUGAUUCAGGUUUCAUCACAACCGUACGAUCUACGUUGUAACUUUGAUAAUCGAUCAAGAUCAUUAAUUGACCAAAAGGAUAAUGAAAUUAAACAUUCAAGUAAUGAAUGGGAUAAUGGAAGACGUUCAAACAAUAAACAGAAAGACAAUCAUAACACAAGAUUAAACAGCAGAACAUUGGGAUGGAACGUUGAAACAAUAGAUAUACCUGAAUCAAUAGAUUGUUCAUCUAGCAAAGCACAUCAAGACAAUGUUGACAAAUCAACCAUAACUCAAUCAAACGAUUUGCCAUCUACAACUUUCACUACUCAAUCGUCUAAAAUUUCAUCUAUACCAAUGAAUUCUAAACGGAGUGACGAUGUGACGCCUCUAAUUAAUAUUUCAUUGAAAGUUCCUUCAUGCGAUACGGACCAAACUAACAUAAAUCGCUCUACGUCUAUUUUGAAUGCAUUUAAAUCAAUAAAAAAUUUCCACAAUAAAAUAAGUCAAAGUAACGCUAACAAAUCAACUGCAGCUCAGUCAAAUGAUUUAUUAUCUACGACUGCCAUCAGAGGUUCUGUAUCAAUUGUUUUUGAAACGAAUAACGUUUUGCCACUUUUAACCAAUGAUGAAUUGAAGGAAAUUCCGCUAACUUUAACGAGUACUGAAAAUAAAUCCCGUGAUAAAGUCUUGACACCUUUGGUUAAUAAUGGAUUCGUCGAUUCGGAAAAACUGAAUAAUACAAAAACAAAAACAAGUGCCAUAAGUGCUGUACUUAGUAAUGCUGAACGUAAUGAUUUAUCGGGAAUUACGGACAAUAACGAAUGUUAUCCUACUUUAAGUUCAGAUAAGGCAGCAUCAUAUUCCUCAACUAAUAUUAAGUCUGUUAAGUUAUCAGCAGAAUUAAAUAGUUCUGAAACAAAAUCUAAUGACGUUUCACUGUCUUCAACGGUUACUGAAUUUAUGGAUGUAUCGGAAACUUCAAGCAAUGAUGAAUAUUCUUCCAAGUCUACUGACGAUAAAAUCGAUAAUCAUCUUACUGUCAACGUGCAAUGUAUUAGUGAGAAGGGUACUAGUCCAAGCAUUAAUUCAGCUGAGGAUACUCGAAACUUUGACAUGCAAAUAAAACAAAGUCACAAAUUAAAUCGGAAAAGGUCAAUUGAUUCAAGUGCGACGAAAUCCAGCGACAAGAAUUCUGACACAGCGGUAAAUGUUACUCAGCUACCUGACACUGUCGAAGUACCAGUAAAAAAGUCAAUGUACAGUACGUUUACAUCAGCCAUGAAGACUAAAAAGAGUAACCAAAGCAAAAAAUCAGCAAUCACAAUCAAACACAAACAAGAACAAAAUAAUAUGAUUGUCAAAUUAAUUGCACCAAUGAUUUCUAUAGAUUCGAAUCGAAAUCGAAUAAACAAUGAAUGUGAUUUAACCGUCACAAAAACUAGUGCACCAAUAAACCUACAUAUGAAGCAAGUAAGCUACGUAAAUAAUAACAAAGUUAACGAGAGUAAAGAAAGUAAGGUUAAUGUUUAUUGCAAGGAAAUCGAUAAGAAGCCGAAAAAAUCCGUAGCAGAUAAAAAAGAGAGUACAUUCGAUAAACCAAAUACUUUUAAGAAAAAUCAUUUUGAGCAGUUCAAAUUUAUUCUGAAAAUUAUGAAAGCUAUAAGCUAUCACUGGACGUUGGCUAACGGAAAUAUUAAAAAUGUUUGCAAUGCGAUGUAUCAUUUUGAGAAGCAAUACGAUAAAAUUUGCACUCUGGUGGAAAUUAAAUACUUCGAUGAUACCAGUAACAAAAUAAACUUCAAAAAUUUCUUUGGAGAUGAGUUUAACAUUCAACGGUAUUUUAACACUUUUUGCAAGUUAAAGCACAGCUGCUUUAGCAAUCAAUAUAGCAAAAUUGUAAUUUUGACUAAUUGCGAAAUAGAUAUAAGUCUUUUCAAUAAUAACGGUAUCAAAGUAUUUUGCGAUAAUGAUAAAUACGAAUUUGAAGUAGAUUCACCUCAUGAAGAAUCGAAAAUUUAUAAAAAAUGCAUGGAAUCUUUUGACUUGCCUAAAUUAGCUAGACUGUUGUAUGAAUUUAUUUGUGACAGUCAUAAGUUGCCUCAUUUCAACAUGAAACUCAUAAGAAAAUAUCAUUUGGCCCUUGUUAACGAGAACGUGUUGCAAAUGUACGAUGAGAUACAAAAAGAAGAGCGUGUUCGUUUUGCCAAAUUUCAUCCGCAUUUUAUUCAAGAUAUUCAAUUAUCAAACGCAGCAAGGCAGCUGCGUAAUCAUUUGAAAAAGCUCAUACGUGGCUUUCCCAUUAACAGCAUGAAAUUUCGAGUUGUAAAUAAGGAUUUCGGCGACGAUGUAGCCUCCGAGAGAUUCCCCGAAACAGUGAACAAAUUACCCGAUGAAAAUUGUAAAGAAACGUUUGAACAUUUUUUCAAAGUCUUUGAAAUUAGAAAAAUUAUAAGGUUGACCAAUGAAGAGAUUAAAUGUGAGCUAGGUGAAAAAUUCAUUAAACUUGAAACUCAGACUUAUUUCGAUGCGGUCCAGAAAGAAUUUACAAGGUUUUUGAAUAAGCACGGUUUAAAAUCGGAUAUAUUUGAAGCACUGGAACAUACAAUAUCAAAGUUAGAAGUAACAGAAAAGAUUUCACAGCGACCUUCUCGCCAUAUAGAAUUUCAAUUUGAUCAAGAAAUCUUUGCAAUUUUUUCUUCGACGAUUAUUAUGAAAAAUGUUAUUUUGUAUUCAACGGAAAGCUUAUUAUUUAGCGAUUUGAAGAUGAGACAAUUUUCAAAGUACCUAAAGUACACAGAAAAUCGAGAAAGUCUCUUUAUAACGUCCGAAAUUUUGUUUCAAAUGCCCGAUGACGUUGUAAACGCAUUUUCUCAUCGCUCGACAAAUUUAUUAGUAAUUACAUGGGAAAAUAACGACGUGACAGAUAGUAGACAAAUAAAACAAAUCGAAGAUGUAAUCGAGAGACUUCGUAAAGUGUCAAAAAAAUCUCGGGAAAAGAAGAAAUCUAUUAUUAUUGCUGACAAAGGAAAUAUCAGUUUAUCACUACUUGGAUCCCGGAUUUUUAGAAUCGAUGAAGAUUGGACUCUUAAAUCUCAAAAUAAUUGUUUCAAGUGGAUUAAAGUGUUUCUGCAAGAACGUAGUAUGCAGUUAUCAGACAUAGGGGAUAAUGCUGCGAUCAACAAUUUAAUUAAAAACCCGAAAAUUUUGGAAAAAUUGUUGGCUGAAAAUGUUAAAAUCGGUAUACCAUUAGCGAAACCAGUUGAUUUCAAAGAAAAAUUUUUUGAGUUUAAACUGAAGCAAAGUGUGAUUGUUAAUCCCCAGAUUUUUCGAGAAAAUAUCAACGAUGUCUUCGUGAUCAGUAACAUUGACCGUAAAAACUUUUAUUUCAAAUACAAACCAUCAGAUAGAGCCAUUUACCUAAAAAAUUUGCAGUUAAAAAAUACAGACUUAUCAUUGAAUAGUAAAUACAUUCUACUUGAAAGCAACGUUAAUCCAAUGCUUAUCUGUAAAAAAAUUGAAAAAACAAACGUUCAUGUACUUACCUACCAAUCCAACAAUUUUAUUUGGAAAUCGACAAGUGGCAGUUUAGCAGUUAUAAUGAAGUAUAAAAUAAUUAGUGACAGCAAUGAUUAUGUAUCAUUCACUGUCAAGGAUAUUUUAAUCAAUGGACCUAGAACCGUCAUCAUAUCAGGGGAACCUGGUAUCGGCAAAAGUGCUUGUUUAUACGAUUUCGCCAAUCAAGCGAAUGAAAUGUUCGGACCAGUCUGGAUAAUCCAAGUAGAUUUAAAUCAACCUCUAAAAAACACUCUCAGAGGAUGUUCUAUUGAGACCAUUGAAAAUGCCAUUCACUUUCUCGCCGACUAUCUAGACUUGAAAGACGAGCAGAGGGAAUUGUUUAUUAUGGGUGCUCAAGGCCAAUUGAAAAUAAAAAUUAUGUUAUUCAUUGAUGGUUACGAUGAUGUGUACGAAAAUGUAAAUUUGUUGACAAGUCUUUUACAACACUUGCAAAACAGCAAUAUUGAGAGAAUGUUUGUAACAAGUAGAACCAAUCAAUUAGAGAAUACACUGAAAACAUUUUCAUACUCUCUUGUCUUUGGCAACGAAGAAAAGUGCCAGUUUGUUAAGAAAUUCUGUGAUCACAAAAAUUUUGAAUAUAAUUUAGACGACAAAACCAAAUUAUUUACUACUCCGUUGCAUCUGAAAAUGUUCAUGGAAUUGUACCAUGAAAAACCAAUAAAAAUCUCCAUCGAAAAUCACUACGAUCUGUAUAAAAAUUACGUGAACCUUUAUUUGUCGUGGAAUAAUUUAAAAAGUGCCUACACAUUUUCAGCGCAAAAACUAUUGAGAAAGAACGAACUUCAAGAGAUUGGUGCUACCAUUGAAAAUGUAAAUUUCGAGCUUCCCGUAAAAUUGUCACGAAAAACUAUAAUUGAAUAUUUUACCGCAAAAUGGCUUACGAGAAGAUAUUUAAACUCAAAACAGUGCAUUGAGAAUCUCAUCGAACGUACUUCCUCGAUUUUCCUAAGCUCGUAUUUAGUCUCUUACGAAAAAAAAAAGAAGCAACAAAUAUCCAUAGAUGAAUUCGCGAAAUAUGGAUUCCUGCGAUCCCUUAAAGCAAUUUUAGAACUUGACAGUACGAAGAAACCGUGCUUGAAUCGAUUAAUAAGCAAAGGUAAAAAUAAAACCUACGAAGUUUUGAAAUUUUUGUUGGAUUUUUUUAACGAUACCGGCUGUCAUGAAUUCAUACAAUAUGAAAAACAUAGUAAUUAUAAUUUGCUCAAGUACGUCAACAAACAAAUAAAUGGUCAGACUCCACUUCAAACAGCUGCUAAAUAUAAUAGAAUUGAUUUAGCUUGCGAAUUAAUUUUCAAAGGAGCUGAUAUUUCGGUUAUACAACAAUUGUCAAGCUUUAUCAAGAGUAUGGCAAUUUAUGUAACUCAAGAGCUAACGAACGGCAAUAUAAGACUAGGACCUCUCGUCGCAGUAUUGUUAGAAAUGUCACCUCAGAUAACCGUUGAUCUCGACGUUAAAAUUCAAUUUCCAAAAGUAUUAUCUUACCUCUUCUCGUGUGGAAAUGUCACGUUAAUAGAACAGCUUCUCAAAACUCAAAAUGAUCACGAAAGGUAUAAGCUAUUGGAGACAAAAGUUGACGGCAAAUCGCUAUUGGAUCAAGUGAACGAAAACGAAAACAUCGAGGAUGAAAAUAGGCUGCAAUUGAUCACGUAUCUGGUGAAUAAUACCAGUACAAAUUUGCUAAGUACCACCAACAUAGACUCGAUCUUACGAAGCGCUUGUAAUUACGGACAUGAGCACACUUUCAACUACUACAUCUCUUAUACCAAAACAAGUAUCAACAUCUUGCAUGAAGCCCUUCGCAGCAACGACGAAAAGAUCAUCAAUUUCCUCAUGCGUGACAACAAACGAACGAGAGACGCAAACGGAAACAAUGCUCUGCAUCAAGCCAUCAGUCUGGGAAUCAGCCGAAAGACAUUAAACUACCUUCUUGGCAAAGUUAGCAUCAAUGACGUCAAUAAUGUGGGCGAUACUGUGCUGCACAUAGCCUUCAAAGAAGGUGCCAGUUUGUCAACCAUCAAGUUCCUUGUCAAUGCUGGCGCAUCUCUGACUUCCACCAACGACUUGGGUUUUUAUCCUUGGGUUUUUGCUAUUAAGGAAGAGAGCUCUCGUUAUUGCAAACAACAACAGCGUGAGCUUAUGACCUAUCUAUAUACGAAAAACAUUCAUUUUCCAACCAGCCAAAGUCCAAAUCUCGCCUUUGAUAUGGCCAAAAAAGAAAUCACACCGAAACUCGAUUACUUUAAAAAUGCUGACAAUUAUGACAUCGAUUACAAUGAUAACAAUGAGUCGCGCUUACACAUUGCACUACUCUGUCGAUAUCAAAAUAAUUGGUGCAAGUUCUUGAUCAAUCACGGGGCCGAUGUCAAUAUCUUCAAGAAUGGUAAAUCGGCAUUUCAUCUAGCUUUGGAAUACGAAUGUUACGACGUUGCCAAGCUGAUGUUACAACAUGGUGCCAUUAUUGAUAAGAUUGACAAGACUGGAAUGACGCCUUUGGAUUGCUUGAAACACCAUGCGAAUGAUUUGCCUUGUCAGUCGAUGAAGGAGAUACUCAUGUUGGCGAGUAAUAUCUUUCACAGCGGUAAUGUGUUAUCGAAAGCAGUACACUUUGUGGACAUAAACAAAAUCGACACUUGUUAUUUACGUUACUUAUUAAAUUGCCGUGACAAGAAAGGGAGGACGCUGCUUCACGUUGCCGCGUGCACAGGAGACGCCGAUGUAAUCGAUAAGCUAUACAUACUGUCCAUGAAUUGUCAAUUUCGUUACAAAGAUUUUCGGCCAAUGGACGUAAAUGCAAUUGAUAAUCUUGGCAAUACUCCCCUUCAUUUAGCAGCCAAGAAAAAUGAGAAAUGCGUCGCCAAAUUGCUUUCUAUCGGUGCUUGUUUUCGAAUGACCAAUUUGGAUGGCAAAAAACCAAUAGACUUAUCUUGUUCGGGUACUCCCAUCAGAAAGUGGCUUCGAGCUGCCGAAGACUUAUUCAAAUUUAUCAAGCAACAAAAAGUCGACGAUGUUUGCAAACUUUUGAAGACUUAUCCCGAGGUACAAAAUGGUGUGGAUAACUCCGGUAAGACACUUUUGCACUUGGUGAAAGAUAACAAGUUGACGAGGCUCUUAUUGACAAAUAGAUAUGUAAACGUGAAUGCGUUAGACAAUGAACAAAGACCUCCUAUAUAUUACGCUGCAGAAAGAAAUUAUAUAGAUGGAGUAAAAUUGCUACUGAAAGCUGGUGCAAGCUACGACUUCAAAGGCUUUCGGAACAGAAAUAACGAAUCAUUUAAGCUACUCCAAAAAAUCGACGAGUUAUUCGACGACGUACAAUCCCAUAAACCGAGAUUCUUCCUUAAUGGUUAUCAUUGGAUACUUGACGAAGAACUAGAAGAUAUUGCCAACACCUUUCAAGUGACUCGAGACGUCAUUAUCAAUGUUAAAGACAGUCAGAAAAGCUCUUUAUUGCACUACACCGCUAAAUAUGACUAUGUGGACGCCACUGAACGUCUUUUGAAGAAUGGUGCGAUUUACAAUUCGCGAAACAAAUAUGGAAAUACUCCAUUGGAUCUAGCUGUUAAUAGCAAACAAUUAUUCAAGUCUAUCGACAAUUUGUUUAAAAAUAUAUACGCUUAUACUUGGACGGACGUGGAUCCGAUUGUUGCUGUCAAUUGUCGAAUAUCUGGUGGAUUCACGCUACUACAUAAAGCCGUCGAAGCUGGCAAUUCGGAGAUGGUUAAGUGGUUGGUAGAUCAAGGUGCUGACAUUAACGCUACAACAAAUAAUACUCUGGGAGUAAGACAUAUGAAAUUAGUAGAAUUGUUAAAUCGAUAAAAUAGGAUUCUUAUUUGCGUUGGAGAUGUAAAUUAAAAUUCGGGAACCCUUCGUGAACUAUCUUCCUAUUAAUGUAAGAAAAUUGUGAAUUUGUUGAUUAUUUUAUUAUGUUGCAAAUUGGCAUUAUUUACUGAUUAUCUCAGAAUAGUAUCUAGUUGAACUUGAUAAAUUUUAUUUCUUCGAUAAAAACAAAUCACUUCAUGAAUUAUUAAUGUUUCAAUCGCUUUGUUAUAGAAUUAUUUCUUAUUUCGUUUUUGCGAUAUUAUUAUAGUAUUCGUUUAAAUGUAACGUUUCGCUAAUAUAAUUGCUUAGUAAUUUUUAUAUGAAAAACUGGAAAAUUGUGUUUUUCAUCGAUUGUAUUAAAUUAUUAAUGCGGUACUUACAAGCGUUUUAAGAACGUUCGAAUAAGAUUGUACAAAUAGAAUGAUUUUAUAAUAUGGAAAUCCGUUUCUAUAAAUUAAUGAUUGUAUUCUUAGUUAUAUAUAUUUAACAUUUACAUUAUACCGUAUUUGUGAAGAAACUUCGUAAAGGAAUUUAAUUUUAAUAAAUUUUUUCU